AUGGAAAACAGCAAGCUGCUUGGACGCCACUCCUCCUCGGACGCUGACACGGAUUCUCCUGGAUUUACUGACACUAUGGAGCGGAAAUCUGCUCACAAGACCGCCAUGUCACGUUGCGAGAUUUUUCAUUGCUGUCUUGAGGUUGUUCUCAUCCUUUGUCUUCUCGGAACGACCACUGCUGUUCUCAGAGUCAGACAGGACUACAAGGCAGAUGGUACGAAGACUUGGCCAGCGGGAAGCGACUACAACCAUUUUGUCCCACAUGCCUUUGUCCGAGCCUCUUCAUACGAUGGCAGCGGGCCUCAGAAGCUGUUUUCAGGGGACUUGUUCGAGAUCGCCGCUUUCCAUCAGAUUCACUGUCUGACAUCCAUCCUGGAGGAUUUUGGUCUCUUGGCUGCCGGCGUUCCCAAGGAGGAGCUGCCUGGUUAUCACGGCGGGGUCACGCUCACGUGGGAGGAGCACAAGGCGCACUGCUUCAACUACGUCCGGCAGGCCCUAAUGUGCUUUGCUGACUCCACCGCCGAAGGCCACACUGAGGGUGAUCCGCACCGGGUGGCUGAUCAUGGGGUAAUGCAUGUUUGCAAUGAUUUUGAUGCCCUGCUGGCGUGGUCAAAGAAGCCUGAGCGGGCACUGCCCAAGAGCUGGAGGGUGACAGACUGA